GCCGCCGUCAAGACUUCCCCGCCUCGCUCGACCGCGUCUCCGGCGUCCUCGCCAGAGGCCACGGCUGCCGAACAGAUCAACCAGCCCGUGCAGAAGAGGAAGGGUGGAAGGAAGCCGGUGUAUGCAACCCAGGAAGAGCGGAAGAUGAGGAACAGAGCCGCCCAGGCUGCUUUCCGAGAACGUCGAACCGAAUACAUCAAGCACCUCGAAGCUACAAUCAAGCACCACGAAGAGCAAUUGUCGGGAUUGCAGCAGUCUUCCCGCAAUGCCGCCGACGAAGUAUUGAUGCUCCGCUACAAGAACUCGUUGUUGGAACGCAUCUUGAUGGAGAAGGGGAUCGACGUCACCGCAGAGUUGAGGGCGGUUUCACAGUACGACGACCGGCCACCGCAACCUCAGAUACCUCAAGCCACCGCCCCUCCUCCCCAGAACCAACCAAUGCCUGUACAGGCUGCGAUGUCUCCGCUGCAGCAGAUGCACCGUCCCGUCAUUCGACGACCACAAGCCCCGCUACCGAAGCGAUCCAUGAUGAGCCCAUCCCAAGACGCAGUUUACAUCAAAGCCAGUCCGGACAUGCGGCCAAUCCCGACCUCACGGAACUCGUCGCCGUCCGUCGCCACCAUGCCGACGCCUCCGUCCCAGCCAUACUCCCUCCCUCCACAGCAGGGCAACCCGUCACAGCAGCAGCAGGAGUUCCAGCAACUCCCUUCCGUCUCCUCCUACUACCCGUCGCCAUACCAAACUCACAUGGAAGAGCUCGGCAAGCUACCCCGCAACAGGAAUAUGAUGCCGAGCUUCUCGAGAACAACGACGACGAUGUCCCGGGUCCCCUUGACCAGCAGCCUACUCCGGACAACC